UGGACGGCGCUGCGAUGGCUGCCCGCGGGUGUCGGACCAGCGAAGCCCCCGGCGCCUCUCAGAGCCCGGCCUCCUGACGCCGCCAGUGGGCGGGGUCGCCCGGGCCGCCGCCACCGCUGUCAUGUAUCCGCCGCCGCCGCCGGCGCCACAUCGGGACUUCAUCUCGGUGACGCUGAGCCUUGGCCAGAGCUACGACGGCAGCAAAAGCUGGCGGCGGCGCUCGUGCUGGAGGAAAUGGAAGCAGCUGUCGAGAUUACAGCGCAACGUGAUCCUUUUCUUCCUCACGUUUCUCGUGCUCUGCGGGCUCCUGUCGUACAUCAGCGUGGCUGACCAGUGGAGAGCCGUGGAUGGCAGGUCAGCGGAAGAGCGGAAGGCGAGACCAGCAGAUCCGCCCGUCUUGCCGGCUCCUCAGAAGGCAGAUGCUAAUCCAGAAAACUCGCCGGGGCUUUUACCCCAGAAGUCUCAGAGGCAUUUCCGACGGGGACCGCCCAACCUGCAGAUCAGAGCCCCCGACAAAGACCCCAAGGACCGGAGGCAGGAUGACACGAGGCGGAGGGACGAGGUGGCGGGCGACGCUCGUCAGGAAGAGAGCACACAGAGAACGGUGGUCAGCUGGAGGGGUGCAGUGAUCGAGCCGGAGCAGGGCACCGAACCCCCUUCGAGAAAGGCAGAGGGCCCCCCCACCAAGCCUUCCUCACAGGCCCCCGGGAUUCAGAACCAACCAGCCUCCCCGAACGAGCGUCAGAGAGCCGUGAUAGACGCCUUCCGCCACGCGUGGACCGGCUACCGCAAGUUCGCCUGGGGCCACGACGAGCUGAAACCCGUGUCCAGGUCCUUCAGCGAGUGGUUUGGCCUGGGCCUUACGCUGAUCGACGCCCUGGACACCAUGUGGAUUUUGGGUCUGAAAAAAGAGUUUGAAGAAGCCCGCAAGUGGGUGUCUAAGAAGCUCCGGUUUCAGAAAGACGUGGACGUCAACCUGUUCGAGAGCACGAUCCGGAUCCUGGGCGGCCUUCUGAGCGCCUACCACCUGUCCGGGGACGACCUCUUCCUGAGGAAGGCCGAAGACUUUGGGAAUCGGCUGCUGCCUGCGUUCCAGACGCCCUCCAGGAUCCCAUACUCGGACGUGAACAUCGGCACCGGGGCCGCCCACCCGCCCCGCUGGACCUCGGACAGCACGGUGGCCGAGGUCACGAGCAUUCAGCUGGAGUUCCGAGAGCUCUCCCGCCUCACGGGGAGUAAGAAGUUUCAGGAGGCCGCGGAGGAGGUGACGAGGCGUGUGCACUCCCUGUCGGGGAAGAAGGACGGGCUGGUGCCCAUGUUCAUCAACACGCACAGCGGCCUCUUCACUCACAUGGGAGUGUUCACUCUGGGCGCCAGGGCCGACAGCUACUACGAGUACCUGUUGAAGCAGUGGAUCCAGGGCGGAAAGAAGGAGACGCAGUUACUGGAAGACUACCUCGAAGCCGUCGAGGGAAUCAAAAGGCACCUGCUGCGCAGGUCUGAGCCCAGGAAGCUCACCUUCGUGGGGGAGCUGGCCCACGGCCGCUUCAGCGCCAAGAUGGACCACCUGGUGUGCUUCCUGCCAGGGACGCUGGCUCUGGGCGCCCACCACGGCCUGCCCGCCGACCACAUGGAGCUGGCCCGGGCGCUCAUGGACACCUGCUACCAGAUGAACCGCCAGAUGGAGACGGGGCUGAGCCCCGAAAUCGUGCACUUCAACCUGUACCCCCAGGGCGACCGCAAGGACGUGCAGGUCAAGCCGGCCGAGCUCAGCCCGUGUUGUGUCCCCCAUCCCUCCCUCCCCCCGUCCCCCUCCCCCGCCCAGCCGGCCGACAGGCACAACUUGCUGCGGCCCGAGACGGUGGAGAGUCUGUUCUACCUGCACCGCCUCACGGGAGAGCGCAAGUACCAGGACUGGGGCUGGGAGAUCCUGCAGAGCUUCAACAAGUACACACGGGUCCCCUCGGGUGGUUAUUCUUCCAUCAGCAACGUCCAGGAUCCCCUCAAUCCCCAGCCCCGGGACAAGAUGGAGAGCUUCUUUCUGGGGGAGACGCUCAAGUACCUGUACCUGCUCUUCUCCGACGACCCGGCCCUGCUCAGCCUGGACGCCUACGUGUUCAACACUGAGGCUCACCCCUUGCCCAUCUGGGCCCCGCCUAGGGUGGGGUGACCCCCCUGUGGGCACUGCCCGGGGGCCUCACACGUCUUGCGUUUGUGGGUACCUGUCCUCGGAACGCUGGCCUUGGGUAGGUUCGCUCUCUUGACCUUGGCCGCGGCGUGUCCCCUCGGCCGACUGUCCGUGCUCCGGGGUCAGGCUGAUGACAUUCCCCAGGGGGUUACCGAGCCUGACAUCUCAGGGCCUCGGAGGUGGUCGGGGCAGCUGGGCGCCCGGUGCUUUGCCGCCGGCUUUGCACUUCUGGCUUGUGGUUCUCACGACGUCGGAUGGUGUCGUGAGGUCAGCGCCGUGAAUCCCCGAGGCCCCACCUGCUGGGGACCAUCCUGCUUGAAUCAUGACUUACAUUCCUGAUCCCCAGACGUCUUCUGUGUGGCCCCAGUGUCUCUGCUUGUCCCCUGGGGCCGCUCUGGGUCUCCUGGACCCACACAUGUUCUGAGAUGAGCCGAAGGGACAGCCCGACGUGCGGUUCAGCCCGGGGUCUCAGAGUCUGUGAAUGUGCCCUGACCCGGGAGUCCUGGGGGGGGGGGCACUUUUGACCUCCUGCGAAUCCGGGCACCUGGCCGGCUGUGGUGUUUACAUGUUGGACUCAGGGAUCCUCCCCCGGCCCUGCAGGGGCGGGGAGGGGCGGGUGGACAAGCUCAUCCUGCUCCUGGACCACCCGACAGAACGGACUUUCCAGACAGCAUAAACGUGGAUUGUUUCCUGUGUUGGUAAACGGGUCCUUUACUGUGAAACAUCUUUGCGUAGUUUGGGAGAAAGCCAUCGCUGGUUUGGGGCGCUUCUGACUGCAGUGCGCAGGGGUGUCAGGUUUCCAGUCCGAUAAUCCUGCCGUCCUCCAUACAUAAGUUAGCACAUACGCCCCUUACUUGUCCUUGGACGAGAUAACGCAUCACGGGGUGGGAGCGGAAGGUGUGUUUCGCAGCCUGUGCCGAACACAGACCCACAGCAAACAGAGCCAGCAGUGCCACACCCAAGUUCUUUCGUCAGCUUCUGUGUAUUUCGUGAAAGACAGAACUUCACAAAAUGCAAAAUCGGAUACCUUGGAAAGGUCAGUGUAGAGAAAAGAUUUCUGUAGCGAGGCAGAGCGGCAACAUCCACCUCCCGUUCUCCCCAGAAAACAAAACAGCAGUAGAACCGUCGCGGUCAGUUUUGACAACAGCCAGUGAACCAUGAGAAAAAAAGGAAGUGUGGCUCCAUGAAAGGAACAAAAUUAGUUGCUAAAAACUGUCGCUAAAGACAGUCCAGCCUUGAGAAUUAUUAGAAAAGGACUAAUAAAACUAAAUUAAACAUUCUCAACUCGAACACACACAUGGAAGUAGGGGAAAUUGGGGAAAUACUACGAGCACUCUGAGAUUACCAGAGAAAUUACCAGAAGGAAUAAUUACUAAAAAUCAUCUUCCAUUGAAAUGUGCAGCGAUUGAGAGAUUCAUCAGCAGAGUUCAGUAGCCACAGCAGCGAGGAGACCACAAAAUGUGAGCCAUGGACAGAGCCCGAGGGACAGGUCCCACCCUCCGCAGGCCCCACAAGUCUGUUAGAGUUGGGGUCUCAGGGGCAAAAGGGGAUUUGAAACAAUGCUGAACGCUUACCAAAUGUGAUGUUCUAAAUGUAAAUUACAAAUUCAAGAAGGUCAGACACUUCCUAGUAGAAUCAACACAAGACGACCUUGGAAGAAAUGAGGGACGAAAAAGGAUUAACGUAUAGAAAACGCGCAAAGUGGUAGAAAGAAGUCUUAUUGGUAAUUACGUAAAAUAAAAUGGAUGAAGCCCUUCGAUCAAAACCAGAGCUUGGCAGAGUGGACUAAAACACAGUGACCCAAGUACGUACUGUCUAGCAGAGACCAUGCUUCCAAAGAUACAAAUAGCUCGAAGGCAAAAGCAUGGGGGGAGACACUCCAUGGAAACAGUGACCCAAGGAGAGCUGGGAUGGCUUUGUGAACACCAGACGAAAUAGGCUUUAAUUCAAACACGGGGGGUGCCUGGGUGGCUCAGUGGGUCGAGCACCCAACUCUUGAUUUCAUCUCAGGUUAUGAUCCCAGGGUCGUGGGGUGGAGUCCUGCAUCGGGCCCCACGCCGAGCAUAGUGCCUGCUGGGAUUCUCUUUCUACCUCUCUGCCCUCUCCGUUGCUUGCACACGGUGUCUUUCAAAUAAAAAGUAAAAAAAAAAAACUUUUAGGAGGUCAACGUAGACGCAGCUUACUUUGUAUUCAGUCAAAAGAUUUUUCCAUGGGGAAGAAAAGACAGGGUUAUAAAGAAUGCAUCGAACAGCAGAGUCAAAUGAAAUAGCCGGGUCUCCAGUGGCAGUUGGAGACUUUGUUAGUCGCCUUCAAGAUGCACAGACCCGCUAGGGGAAGACCAGCGAGGAAACCGAGGACAGGAACAGGGCUACAAACUAGGCAGUCCCAACAGACGAGAGCGCCCCCAACGACAGAGUGUCCCUGCUCAAGGGCACUUGGAGCAUUCUCCAUCGUCUGCGUUAGGCCACAAAACAAGUAUUAAUGCAUUUUAUUUAAGUUUAGUUUUUUUUGUUUUUUUUGAGAGCAAGCACAAGCUGGGGAGAGGGGCAGAAGGAGAAGGAAAGAAUCUUUAGCAGGGUGCAUGCUCAGUGUAGAGCCUGACACUGGGCUCAAUCCCACAACCGUGAGAUCGUGUCCUGAGCUCAAAUAGACACUCAACUGACUGAGCCCCCCAGGUGCCCCUAAAGAUUUUACUUUUAUGUAAACUUUAUACCCAACAGGGGGCUCGAACCCACAACCCCAGGAUCCAGACUUGCACAUUCCAUCAACUGAGUCAGUCGGGCACCCCAGUGUAUUUUAAAUGAUUGAAAGAGGGGGGGCCUGGCUGGCUCAGUCGGUUGAGCGUCCGACCUCAGCUCAGGUCAAGAUCUCACUGCUCGUGGGUUCGAUCCCCUCAUCGGGCUCUGUGCUGACAGCUCAGAGCCUGGAGCCUGCUUCCGACUCUGUGUCUCCCUCUCUCUCUGCUCCUCCCCUGUUCAUGCUUUGUCUCCCAACUAUAAAUAAACACAAUGAAUGGGUCAGUGGAGAAGUCAGAAAGGAAGUUAAACACUUUUGAGACCUAUGAAAUUGAAAGCACAAAGUACACAAUUUAUGGGAUGCAGGGAAGGCUGUGCUCAGAUCCAAAUCCAUAGCUUUGAAUGCCUACAUCAAAAAAAAUU